CCAGGCCGACAUCCACAAGCCCCGAAGGAGGAGGAGGAGGAGGAGAACACCCAUGGCCGGCGCCUUCGUGCUCCUCUUCGCCGCCAUCGCCGCCGUUUGCUUCCUUCCGCCGCCCGCCGCCGCCCAGGGAUGCAAGUCCCAGAAUCUUGGAUCGAAUCGGGUGUUCGCGUCCUGCAGCGACCUUCCCCAGCUGUCCGCCUCCAUCCACUGGACCUACGACCGCGCCGCGGGGAAUCUCUCGAUCGCCUUCGUGGCGCCGCCGGCGGCGGAGGGGGGUUGGGUGGCGUGGGCGAUCAACCCCACGGGGACGGGCAUGGUGGGGUCGCAGACGCUGGCGACGUUCCGGGGGGCGGACGGGAGGAUGGUGGUGAAGACGUACGACAUCAAGGGGUACGGGCCGCUGGAGGAGUCGAAGAUUGCGUUCGAGACGGCGGAUCUGGCGGCGGAGUACGUGGGCGGGACGAUGAGGAUGUUCGGGACGGUGAAGGUGGGGAAGGAGAUGACGGUGGUGAAUCAGGUGUGGCAGGUGGGGGAAUCGGUGACUGCCGGUGUGCCGGACAAGCACGCCUUUAAUCAGGACAAUAUGAACUCCAAGGGCACCUUGGAUUUGAUCUUGGGGGUCAGCUCUGGGUCUGGGGAUUCUGGCACCAGGAAGAGGAACAUACAUGGAAUCUUGAAUGCUGUGAGUUGGGGAAUUUUGCUUCCAACUGGAGCAAUCUUUGCAAGAUAUCUGAAAACAUUCCAGUCAGCAGAUCCUGCAUGGUUUUACCUUCAUGUGUCAUGCCAGCUUAUUGGUUACAUUGUGGGGGUUGCUGGCUGGGGAACCGGUCUCAAUCUGGGGAGCAAGUCUAAGGGAGUCCAGCACACCACUCAUCGGAACAUCGGAAUCACCCUCUUCGCUCUUGGAACCCUACAGGUUUUUGCAUUGUUUUUGAGGCCCAACAAGGAUCACAAGUAUCGGUUCUACUGGAACAUUUACCAUUACUUGGUAGGAUACACCGUCAUUAUCUUGGGUAUCAUCAAUGUCUUCAAAGGCCUGAAAAUCUUAGGUACUGAUCAGAAGUGGACCACAGCAUAUAUCAUUGUGAUAUGCAUCUUGGGUGGUAUUGCCUUGUUGUUGGAAGCCAUUACUUGGAUGAUUGUUCUGAGGAGAAAGUCCCGCAACACAAAGUCCAAUUCUAAUGCUAUCUGAUUAACCUUUUGCUGCAGCUUAUUGAUCAAGUUUGAUCUUUAGAUCCUCUUAUGGAGACACGGUGUUCAUCUUGAAUAAUUUUUUUUCUUUAUUUCCACUCUUUUGCUGCCUUUUAAGUUGUUUGUAUUUACUUGUCACCGAGCUUGUUAAGAUAUAUGUUAAGAUUCAUAUUUCCCGUUUCAGUGUCCAAUUUUGUUGUUUGAAACUAUUUGUUCAGAUUGUUUGAGUGAUACCUUACUCAAUUAUUUUUAAUCAAUACAAUCCUCAGUAUGGAGGUGCACUUUGAUGGUCAA